CCAGGAGGAGUGGCGGGAACCGAAGGCAAACAUCGGCGAACCAAUCGACGGGAAAGGGUGGUCCGGUGGAUGUUUGUCUUGUUGCCGGUCCGGGGGGAUGCUGGAGGCACGUAGCCCGUACCACGGAGCCAAUCGUCGCGAAGAAUGUCCGAAUCACUGCCGGAUGGAGACCGCGGAGAUUUCUUUCGCCGAGGGAAGACAGGCUGCCGCUCAGUCGGCCGCCAAGGAUCGCGAAAACGAUAAUCCCCCUUGUCCGCAGCUUAGGGGAUCGCGACUCUAACCGUUAGACAUUGUAAAUCCGAUCUUUAUCUAUCUACUGAAUAAAUUUCGCGAGCUCUGAUCUCGUUAUACGCGGCCGGUGAUCGCUAAGACCUUACUGAGACCUAUCCGAGUCUACCAAAAAUCGUCGAAGUCCCUUCAGGGAAUCGCGGCGAUGAUUCCGGAGGUAGCCUAAACGCUGGUACCCAGUGCGCGGAGGAGGAUGUUGCGGGGCAAGAGCAGAAGCAAGCCGGAGAACGAGGACGAAGAGGACGGUCAGACGAAGCAGAGGAGGCCCAAGUGCGCCAGGUGUCGGAACCACGGGUUGAUCUCGUGGCUCAGGGGCCACAAGAGGGAAUGCCGGUACCGGGACUGUCUGUGCCCCAAGUGUUCCCUGAUCGCGGAGAGGCAGAGGGUGAUGGCGGCUCAGGUGGCACUGAAGAGGCAACAGGCCGCCGAGGACGCCAUUGCCCUGAAAAUGGCCAAGGUGGCGACCGGUCAGAAGCUGAACCGGCUGCCGCCGGGCAAGAUCUUCGGCAUGGCGGUCACCGAGCCUAAGUCGUCGACAGACACCGAGAAACAAAGCCAAGUGUCUUCUCCCAAGGAGGCUCAACAGACGACCGACGAUCCGAAGAAGGAGGACUCCCCUAGGGUCCAGGAUCAGGAACCACCUCCGCCUGCCAGCGAGAACCUGGCGAAGCUGAAGAGCCUGGUCUUCAGCGGCGGCAAACAAGAAGAAGCGAAAGAGGGCGGUGUGUCGCAGACCUCCGUGGACACUUUGGCCCGGCUGUUCCCCAACACGAAGCUCUCCGUGCUGCAACUGGUGCUGCAGAGGUGCGGCCAGGACCUGUUGAAGGCGAUAGAGUACUUCGCCAGUGACAGCCUUGGCAUCGGUUCAACCGCCUACGCUUCAGCUUUCCGGCCGCCGAGUCAGACCGUCAACGAGUCCCGUCCAGGCGAUCCACUGGCCGGCUCCAUGUUGGCGCCCAUCUAUUCGAACCUCUCCAGGAGCCUAUACAGCGACAGUUACUGCGUGCUGAACAUCAUUCCGGACCAGUUCCCGAAGAGCAUCAUGGCGGACGCAGCCACCUGCGCCUCGUUGCCCGUCAAAGCCGGUCAGCACGACCAGGACAGCGUGGCUUUGAACGUUCAGUACAACAGCUACUUCAACGCCGGCCUGCAGCAACAGAUCAGGGAUCACGUUUACGCCCAGGUCACCGAGCACCUUCCGUCCAGGCCUGGGUUCCUGCAUCUGCCGCCUAUAAUGCCCGGCAUGCCCGCCUGCGUGCAACCCAACUGCACCCAGUGCGCUUACAAGUUUCCAUGAAGCGGGACACGGACGAAAGUAUACAUAUAACAACCGACGGGAUAUCUAUAGGGCUACGUUAGCGUCAUCCGCGGGUCUUGAAUAUUUCGUUUACGCGUUCUCGUUCUUCGUGGAAACAUCGUUGUUAUUUCGUAUUCGACGUUGCUUCGGCGGCCAGUUUUAUACUCUAAACACGACGACGGCGACGACCGGUCCGAAGGAACUACUGUGAUUCUUGUUUGUAGACAAAAACCACCUGAAUUGUGUCUGGAACGACCGCGCACACCUGUUAAGAACUUAACUGUCGGAGCGCGGCAGCGACCGGCCGGUAAAAUUAGAUCCGAACGUAAACAGCCGAUGGCGCUGGCAAAGUUUCGCGGCAAGAAAUCAGUCGGCAGUUUCCCGGUUCACGGCGGAUCGAUCGUAAUGCCGAGCCGUUAGUGGCGUUAUCAUGUGUGAAAUAUCCACGUGCGCCUAACGAGCAUCGCCGCUGAUCGGUGCUCUGAUAUCAGCGGGGGGAUUUCCGUGAUCGGCAGACCUUAAUCUUCAAAGUUCAGCGGGCGACCGAGCCGGGACAAGCGGAGCAUGGUCCCGACGCGCAUCACUUGCUCCACUGGCGGCCUUCCACUCUCUAUCGAUUGACCUUUGAUCGUCGAGCGUGAAAUAAAACCUGUUAGAAUAAAUCCCGGUGACCGUCAAACUCGCGGCGACCAUUUUUAUUGCGGCUCAAACUUCCAGCGACCGCCCACGGGAAUUAUCGAUCUUCGCUUCGUUAGAGAAAAAAAUGGUCUCUCGGACGUAUGUACAUUUGGGGAUCGAUGGUCAACGGCUUCUUGGUUGACCCCUUCUGCGGGUACAAAAUAUUUCACUGUGUGUAAUCAAUAUUUUAUUAACAGUUUCUAGGGGCAGAAAGAAAUUGGGGCGGACGGCGUGACAACGCAAGUUUGACUACGUUUGAAUAAGUUUGACUAAGUUUACCUACGUUUGACUAAGUCUGACUAAGUUGAACCGUUAAUAUUCUUCAACCUAGGAACUUGUCGGCCUCUGAACUUCGUGUAAAAAAAUCUUACGACAGUUCUUAAAUGAAUUUUGAAAGAAAUCAAGGGUCGACAGCCGUUCGAUUCUUGCCAACCACCCAGUACGUCAGAUACUGGGUUGUUCUUGAACUUACAGGCUACAGAAAUAGUUCGGUUAUAUUUGCCCGUCGACGCUUGUGCAUUCGAAUUUCGAAAAGCGAUUCCGCAGUUCGCGGAGAGUAACUUAUUAAUUUCUGAAUGAUUUCCCUACCGUCGAAAGGGUCAGCGGAAACGUGUAAACAUCCGCGGUCUAUUUAUACGUUAUUUACCGAUAAAUAACACCGGUCUCAAGGAUACAGCCUCUUCUUUGCGAGAGAUAUAUCUCCUUCCUUGGAAAAGCAGGAGGAAAGUUUCGCGGCUAUUGCAGUCGCUGAGCUAAUAGGGCAGCAGUAAUCGAGUUAGGAAGAUUCAAUUGUCUGUAUAAACAGCGAGAGGAUAUCGCCAGGCAACUGUCGAUGCCCGGAAGCGGUAUUCCAUGGCCAGGAAAAACACGGUCUCCCUUGCCUCCCCCUUGGGAACGCCGCCAAUCUGUCGUGCCCCGAAUCGCGAGGAUCCUGACGCCGUGCCGUGAAAUCUAAUUCGCUGCUCGAACCCGGGGAUGUAUUUAUGUUGGUCUCUUUAUUCAGUCGAAAGGUAUAAAACGGAGAAAUCCAUCGGAUUACACGAAUUAGUUGUUCUUCUUUAUUUUUGGUUCUUUCAUAAAGAUCUUCGAAUAACAACACUUUUGGUACGCAAUGCAAUAUGAAUAUACCAAAAAUCAUUCUAGCUCUCUCCCUCUCUCUCUCUCUGUCUCUUUCCUACGUUAUAGUUUCAACAAUAUAACUAGUCCGCUGAACAAUAGGCACGUCAGUUCCGCGUUGAAAGAAACAAUUGUAAAUGUGGCGUCACUACGUCGGAUAUCAAUCUUUGCAUACUGUCGGUAUGCAACUACACAGGAAGUAGUCUCGUCUUUCCUUCGUCCUCGUUGCGAAAGAAAUUAUGUACAAGAUUCCGAUCAUUCGUAUGUACACAUAUCGGUUGUUACGAAACGAAAGUAUUGCGCCUGGAAGUCCUCGUCGUUGCUCGCGACGUAAGUCGAUUCAGAAUCGUAGGUGCGGCUUGUUCUUGAUCAUAUGUCUGUAACGAUUUAUUAAAACAUUUAGGGGGUACUUAAUAAUAGAUGAUAGAUUGUAAUCCA